GUAUGGUAUGUGCAAUAGCCGCACCAACGUAACCAGACGUCGCGCCGAAGAUAUUAAAUGCACCGGGCAAUUGAAGUAUUGAAAGUCGACUGAAAGAAAGCGUUGGCAGUGGCUACUGCAUUGAUGGAAUGUGACGUUGUUCGAUGAAAGGAGGGCGCUGCCGAGGGUGUAACAAUCGCGCUGGUGGCUCUGGUAAACCGUGGGUGACAGGGCGUGUAAGUACCACAAACGAAGAGCCCGGCUCAACCUAUCGCAACAACGGGAAAGAAGACAAGAACGAAGAGCAGAAUGCAACGGAAAUGGACACGACCGCAGGUCGCGCCAAAAAACAAGAGGCGGAGAACGUUGACAGGUGUGGCUCUCGAAGGAUGGCACUAGGCACGAGGCAGCUCCCUAUAUUCACUUUUGACAGCUCCCGACAUAAACUUCAUCGGAGCCACAGAGGGUCUACGCGCCAGCCUCAAACCAGUCCACCGAAACCCCGUGGCGGCUAGCCAGCUGCGAAUAGUUGAUACACUUGGGGUAUCACGGUCGUGGGCCUCUUCCCGAUACGCCUCAACCGCCAGACCCAAGCAUCGCACCCACUGACAAGCUUCUACACCGACCUCGCAGCGCACAACGCACAAGGCGAAGAUGGCCUGUUUCUUGAGGCACUGAUUACC